CAGCAUCAUCUCUUCCCCUCCCCCAAACUGAAUUUCACCAUCUUUCCUUUUUUUUUGCUUUUUACGUCACAGUAACGAAGGUAAAAAGAAAAAAAAAUUAACUUGUUUACCGAGUUGAUUUAAAGGCGGAUAAGGAAAGAGCCUCCCAAUUAAAGAUUGAUUUCGGAAACGGGAAACGGGGAAAGUAUACGAAGGGCUUUUGAAGCAAGACAGCUCUUUUUUGCAGAGAGAGAGAGAGAGAGGGAGAGAGAGAGGCAGAUUCAUGGCCACAUUCUCUCACUCCUCUUAUCUUCUCUCUUCCGCUUAAUCUUUCUUUUUGGAGUUUCAGUUAUACUCGAUUGGAAGGAAAAACCCAGCCAAAGUACGUACAGUUCUCGUCUCUGGUGGCCGUGGUAGUCUGGGAUAAGUUUUUUUUACUGAGAUGGAGUUCGAGGAACAGGAGGAGCACGAGGAGGAGAUGGAGCUGGACGGCACGGGCUACGACUCGCUCGGGAACACGGGUCGAUUUAAAAUACAGAGCUCGGGAGGUGGAGGAGGACCUGACUUAGCCGUGGCGCAGCAGCAGCAGACAAAGAGGCCGAGGUACCGAGAGUGUCUGAAGAACCAUGCGGUUGGUAUCGGAGGGCACGCGCUCGACGGCUGUUGCGAAUUCAUGCCCGCCGGAGCCGAGGGAACCCUCGACGCGCUCAAAUGUGCUGCCUGCAACUGCCACCGCAACUUCCACCGCAAGGAGACCGAUUUGCACGUCGGUGUCGGCUCUGUGGACCCGUACCAGCAGGUCCCAAACCAUCCGCAAUUCUCUCCGUAUUAUCGGACCCCGGCCGGGUACCUACACGUGGCCCCGCAGCUGCACAGGCCACUGGCGUUGCCGUCGACCUCGGGAGGUCACAGCAGGGAUGACCAGGAGGAGGACGUGUCGAAUCCGAGUGGUGGGCUUGGUGGGUCAGUGUCGAAGAAGAGGUUUAGGACCAAGUUCACGCAGGAGCAGAAGGACAGAAUGUUGGAGCUGGCGGAGAGGCUGGGGUGGAGGAUUCAGAAGCACGACGAGGCCGUGGUGCAGCAGUUCUGUAGCGAUACCGGAGUCAAGCGUCACGUUCUUAAGGUGUGGAUGCACAACAACAAGCACACCCUUGAAAGAAAGAUUGGUGGUACGGGAUGACUUGAAGGAACUGGGAGUGAGGAAAUUGUGUUGCUGACUUUGCUGAGAAAUUCUGCGACUUUCUCGGGAUUUUAGUUGGGUUUUAGCCUUUAGGGUUUCCUUCUCGUCUUGUUUCCUCUCACCUUUUUCUUUUUAUAAGAAAGUCUGUCUGGAGGGUUUUCGAUUUAGGUGGUGCUGGCGUUGGAAUGGAAUAUGUUGUCAACUUGGAUUAGAAUUGACCAUGCAUUGUUGUUGGACUAGUUAGCUCAAUUUUAUUUUCAUGAUUUCUGUGCA